AUGGUUAAAGAUACGAAGUUCUACGACAUUCUCGGGGUUGACCCGUCAGCCUCCGACGCCCAGCUGCGAAGCGCUUACAAGAAGGGUGCCCUCAAAUACCACCCUGACAAGAACCCCAACAACCCCGAGGCCGCCGAAACGUUCAAGGAAAUGUCCAAAGCCUACGAAGUCCUUUCCGAUUCUCAGAAGCGAAGCGUCUACGAUCAGCUCGGUGAGGAGGGUCUCGAGGGCGGUGGUGGUGCCGGUGGAAUGGGCGCGGAGGACCUCUUCGCUCAGUUCUUCGGCGGCGGCGGCGGCUUCGGUGGUAUGUUUGGCGGUGGCAUGCGGGACCAGGGCCCCAAGAAGGCUCGCACCAUUCACCAUGUCCACAAGGUCAACCUGGAAGACAUCUACCGCGGCAAGGUGUCCAAGCUCGCUCUCCAGAAGUCCGUCAUCUGUUCCACUUGCGAUGGCCGCGGUGGUAAGGAGGGCGCCGUCAAGUCGUGUACCGGCUGUAACGGCUCGGGUAUGAAGACGAUGAUGCGCCAGAUGGGUCCCAUGAUCCAGCGCUUCCAGACUGUCUGCCCCGACUGUAACGGUGAGGGAGAGAACAUCCGUGAGAAGGACCGCUGCCGCAACUGUCAUGGUAAGAAGACUGUUGUCGAGCGCAAGGUUCUCCACGUCCACGUCGACCGUGGUGUCAAGAACGGUCACAAGAUUGAGUUCCGCGGCGAGGGUGACCAGCUCCCUGGCGUCAUGCCUGGAGAUGUUGUUUUCGAGAUUGAGCAGAAGCCCCACCCCCGGUUCCAGCGCAAGGACGACGACCUCUUCUACCACGCCGAGAUUGACCUCCUUACUGCCCUUGCCGGCGGUACUAUCAACAUUGAGCACCUUGAUGAGCGGUGGUUGUCCGUGACGAUCGCCCCUGGCGAGGUUAUCACUCCUGGUGUCAUCAAGGUCAUCAAGGGCCAGGGUAUGCCCUCGUUCCGCCACCACGACCAUGGUAACCUCUACAUCCAGUUCGACGUCAAGUUCCCCGAGAAGGACGAGCUCAAGAACCUCGAGCUUCUGGAGCAGGUUCUGCCUCCCCGACAGGAGACGAACAAGGCCCCCGCCGAUGCUAUGGUGGAAGACUUUGAGCUCGAGGAGGUCGACGGCAACGAGCGCUCACAAGCGCGUGCUCACGGUGCGGCGGGUAUGGACGAGGAUGACGAUGAUGUUCCUCCUGGAGCUGAGCGGGUGCAGUGUGCUUCUCAGUAA